UCCGGUUUGUGACGUAUACACAGAGAAGAUGGCGGCGCCCAAAAAGAAACAUGCGAGAGGUGCUUGUGUGAUUCUAGGGGGAUUUACAGUUUUGUCUCUGAAGUUCCAGCCUAACAGUGUAGCUCAGCAUCAGCUCUGUGUGAAAGAGCACCGGGUACGUGCGGAGAAAAAUGUGAAGAGACCGCUGGACAGAACGCUUUUCGUCCUCAACAUUCCUCCGUACUGCUCAGAGAGUGUGGUGAAGGAGCUCUUUUCCCAGUUUGGUUCAGUUCAGUCUGUAGAGCUGAGCGAAAAACCUGGAUCAACAGAGCCUGAAACUAACAGUCUGUCCAAGUACUUCAGACCUGCACACAAACAGUGUUUUAAGGUGGGCUACAUCGUGUUUAAAAACGCCUCCAGCGUAGCAGCAGCUAAAGCUCAUCCUCCUGACUCGCCACUCAUUGUCUCCACCAAAGAAAAACCUGUACAGACAGGCCUGCAGAAGUGGAUCCAUGAAUACAAACAAUUGUUUGUUAAGCCAGAGACUCUACAGGAGGCUGUGGAUGAAUUUAUGACCAAGUACGACAAAAAGAAAGAGGAGGAGGCGGAGCGUCUGCAAAAAGAGGCGGAGCAACAGCAGGAGGACAAGGAGGGUUGGGUUAAAGUGACCAAAGGCAGCAAAGGGAUUAAAGCCCGCCCACAUAGUGAAGUAGCAAAUAAGAGGGCUCUUCAGAAGGAAGACAAGAAGAAGAAAAGAAAAGAGCUUCUGAACUUCUACGCAUGGCAGCGGCGAGACACACAGAGAGAACAUAUUGCACAGCUGAGGAAGAAAUUUGAGGAGGACAAACAACGCAUUGCUCUGCUCAGAUCGCAGAGGAAAUUCAGACCCUAUUGAACAGCAUUACCUACAAACAUCCUGUCAAACCCAAACGUCACGUGCUAUCCACAGCACUCCAAAGCCCUGCCGAACUUAGUUCAACAUUACAGAGAGUAAAUACCUUGCAGAACUGCAGUCUGACAUGCCUCAUGUGCUGUUUUUGUUUUGAAUAAAUCACAGAAUAUCUUUGGUCAUCACUGUGUUAUGGGUUAUCCAGGUAAUAUGUGGGUUUGGCAUGGGUUCUCAUGUGAUGGAAUUAUGAUGAUGCUUACCCACUGAAUGUUGAAUGAACCACGUUUAUGUUUGAUUCUAAACUAAAGGCUAAUGUAGCAACACAUACAUUUGUACCCUACCACUUGGGACUAUGCUAACUUGCCUCACACCAUGUCAAGUUGUUAAGUAAUCUCAAACAGACUUGUUUUCAUGGUGGAUAAUAUUAGCCUUGUAGCUCUAGUGCGUGACUUAAGAUACCAAACAUGUCCUUGCUGAUGGACUACAUUUGAAGCUAGUUCAGUGAUUGAUCACUGAACUAUUGCUUUAAGGGUUGGAGAUUUGGUCAGGAGCUCCAGCUGCAGAUAAGACUUUCCACUCAUCACAGGAUAACUGGUUCAUCGUUUAGGUCCAUUCCAGCUCACAGCACAUACACUGAAACGGUCCUUUCAGAUGUUUGUGUGGUAUACUGAGAUGCUGUUGGCUUAUCAUUGUUUUAUCUUUAAGCAUAAUUCUUAAAUUUGUUUUAUUAAAACGUUUGUUUCUUUGA